UUUGCCCACCCCACCCCUGCUUUCCCCAAAACCCUCUCAAAAUCACCGGCGGCCACCGUCGUCCACGCGCAGCGCCGCUUCGCCAUGGCCCGGCGGCUGCUCAGCCUACGCCCCCAACUCGUGGAUCUCCCUCCCCGUCUCCUCCAUUCGCGACAGUAUAUGUCCGCCAUGCGCCGCUCCGCCUUCCUCGACCGCCUCCUCCGCUCUCUCCGCUCCGAGAUCUCCUCCUGCCGCGCCGAGCCUGCCCCGCCGCUACCGCCUUCCGUCGCGCAGUUCACCGUGGAUGACCGCCCCGGAGAGCAGUGGGUCCGCCUGCGUCGUGCGUUCUCUGCCUCCAAGGGCGGGGAUCAGGAGGAGGUCAAGGUGGAUGCCACCUUGGUCGACGGCGCCGUGGCGCCAACCCGCUCGGGCGCGGUCGCCGAAGACGGUGGACCGUCCAGGAUGCACAUCAGCGUCCACGUCGAGGUCUCCAAGCCCGCGCGGCCUGACUUGGCGCUCAGCUUCGAGUGCUCAGCGUGGCCCGAGGAGAUGGAUGUGGAGAGGGUCUUCCCUGUCCGCCGCAGUGGGCCGACGCCGGAACAGCAAUACAUGGGCUGCGCAUUCAGUAUAGGUACAACAAACGAUUUAAUCGAACCAGGAUAUCUGGCUCCAAUAAUCACAGGGAUGAAGGGAUGAUAUAACAACUUUAUGUGCACCCAGUUUACUUCAUCUUGCUCAGGCCACAAGAAAUGGUCAACUUUGCACACAAAAUUUCUGCUGGAUCGAACAUCUACAUGUGUGAAUCUUAAGUUUCAAGUGGAAAGGAAGUGUUUCUUAGCAAAGCUCAUUUUAUCCUGGGCUAUCCUUUGAGUUCCGGAUUAAAUCAUGCUAUACCUGUUUAUCAUGCCUACAGGCUACACUAGUGGACUAGUGGUGACUGACUGCCUGGAGAGGUAAUCAUGCAAUAGAUGGAAUGCUUGGGGAUGUGGAUGGAACAUUCUUUCAAUUCCAGUUCUGUGUUAACUGAAAUUUAGUAACACAGAAAUUUGAUCAAAUCUGUUUCUGGAUGAAGUGAGGCAUGUAGACUUACUUCAAAUGCUUUGGAGGAUGAAAAUGCUUGCUCCUUGGAGUAAACAAAAGAGUGUAAAAUAACCAGGGUGUAAUCUUGCACGGGUAAACUAUUUAGCACAAAAAUAUCCUACAGUUCU